UUUCCUUGCGCGUAAAGAUGCACAGACUCCUGCCCAGCCCGAAGUUUGCACAGAAGGCGGGAGCGCCAGAGGAGAGGAGAAGAGAACCAGAGCCAGCCGGGACGUUCCAGGCAAAGCCGCGCAGCGCGUCUUCUAAUCUGGACUCGCCCCGCCUCCUCAUUCAAAUACAGCGGAGACUCGGCCAAUCGGCGGCGACAUCUCAUGACUAUGGCAUGAGGGUUCGGCCGGCCAUUCCGAAGCCGCCCGGCUGACAGCACCGAACGCUGGGCCGAAGGGUGGGUGUUGCCUGGCUGGCGCGGGAUGGCGGCGGCGGCCUUGUACCUGGAGCACUACCUGGACAGCAUUGAGAACCUUCCCUGCGAACUACAGAGGAACUUCCAACUUAUGCAGGAACUGGAUCAGAGAACAGAAGAAAAGAAAGCAGAAAUUGACAGUCUUGCAGCUCAGUACAUUUCAACAGUGCGGAGUCUCUCAUCAGAGCAACGGGUGGAAAUCCUACAGAAGAUUCAGAAUGCUUACACAAAAUGCAAAGAGUACAGUGAUGAUAAAGUGCAGCUGGCUAUGCAGACCUAUGAGAUGGUAGAUAAGCACAUCCGACGGCUGGAUGCUGACUUGGCUCGAUUUGAAGCUGAUCUGAAGGAUAAGCUGGAAGGCAGUGACUUUGAAAACCCUGUGACACAAAACCUAAAAAAGGGUCGAACCCCAAAGGAUAAGAAAAGCUCCCGGGGUCGAGGCCGGCGACCAUCUGAGGAUGACACUCCAGUGAAAAAGAAACCAAAACGAAGAUCUGAGUUAGCCGAUACCAUCCUGUCAGUUCAUCCAUCUGAUGUCCUGGACAUGCCAGUGGAUCCCAAUGAGCCCACAUAUUGCUUGUGUCACCAAGUAUCCUAUGGAGAAAUGAUUGGCUGCGACAAUCCUGAUUGUCCAAUUGAAUGGUUUCAUUUUGCUUGUGUGGACCUCACCACCAAACCCAAAGGGAAAUGGUUUUGUCCCCGCUGUGUUCAAGAGAAGAAGAAGAAAUAGAAAUUAUGGGAUUCUGAAAGAGAGUUAAUAUAUUCAUACAUGUUGCAGUAUUUUACCUGCCCUUUCCCCCAUCAACUUCUUUUGUUAGAUCUGAUAUUUAACUGUUCAGUGGCCAGUUGUGGUUCUCCUUACUCCAGAUGAAGCUAUAUUAAUGAAGAAAGGAGAAUUGGGGGGAAAUUCACUGUGGUGAUGUUUCCCUGGGUUAUACUUCCAUGGCACUGUAAUCAAUGUUAUGAAGUAUUAAGAGUAGCCCUGCACUGGAGUUUCUGCUCACAUACUGAAGUCUGUGAAAUUGCCUAUGGCCUUGCAGGUGAAAAGUGAUACCAUUUUUUUGUCAUCAGAAGCACAGUCACUCUACACAAUAUUAAUGAAGGAUUUUCUAUCUAAUUGCACCUUUCCAAAGCUUUAUAGCUGCUGACAAGGAAGGAAUUCUAUUUCUGAAUGUACAGUUUUGUUCCUUUAGAGGCAAGUUGCAAAGCGGUGAAUAAUUCUUUACAUCAUAUUUUCCCUGAAAAGCCCAGAAGAAAAGUAAUAUGUAUUAUUUUGGUAAAGCUUGUUUCAUAAGUAAAGUUCAGAAGGUGUAUACCUCUUCUCAUUGUUCCUGAUUUAUGCACUGCUGCCUCUGGGCUUUAUGCUGGUCCCAUUGAAAUCAUGCACCCAUGCCUGAUGGCAAAUAAUAAAUGCUUAAUAAAGGCAAGAUAUCUAGAAGAUGUACAUGAUAUUAGUCUGAUUCACUAUUAAACAAAAAAAAGUUUACUUUUAUAGUAAGGUAAAGCUUUUAGGUGUUGGCUGUUAACAAAGGGGGGGGGGGAAGGAAAACUAGCUUUAAGUGAACAACGGGUUUAAGAAAGGAGAGGUUUCUGUCAGUGUGUAGCAAUGAAACCAUUUGGUGUGACUUGUACUGAAGUCUGCCUGGUGUGAAGAUUCCAUGUUCUAAUUUCACUGAAUUGUCCUCCAGUAUAAAACCUAAACCUUGACAAGUAUUCAGGUUUCUUAGGUUGGUGGCGGGAUGGGGGGGGGAUCUUUUUUUCAGAGAGCUGAAAGUGGCAUGAACCAUCAUUGCUUUUGAUGUGCACACACAUACCAUUAUCCUUCCAGGUUAAACAGUUUGCUGGGUUUUGUAGUGCUUAAAAAAAGUUAUGAAUCCAGUUUGAUCAGAGACAGUAGCAGCACAAAAGACAGGAGUGUGUAGACCAUGGAUAAUGACAACUCUGCCAUACCAGUUCUCUUAAAUAUGAUAAUCAGCCUUUAAAUUUUCAAUACUUCUCUCCAGACCUUUUUUUAAUUGCAUAAAUUAAAACAUAGAAAGAGGGGAUUGCAACAGAUGUUUUGAUGUAUAUAUGUCAGCUUCAGUGUUCUAUCACUAAGUUUUCAGCUAAAAAAGAGAAGGCAGUUCAAGGGACAGAUCUGUACAAAAUAGUGUCUCGUGUGUUGUAAUUGUGUUUGUAUUGUGAGAUAAAGAUGGUUUUGUGCUUGUAUUGUGAGAUAAAGAUGGCAUAUGGCUGCAACAGCGCUCAUUAGAUAAUUUUAAAAACAGUCAGAAUGUAGCAGUUGUCUAGGUAGACACAGCAAUGAUAGCUAGCUACUGCGGUUAUUAAGAUCUCUUUAUGCUCCCAAGCUGGUGUAAUUGUUUAUGCUUCUUUUAAAUAGUUGGCAACACAUAAUGUCUGCAGUGUCUCAGUGAACAUUACAUUUAUCUUGGAAGCAAAGGGAAGAAUUAAUGUAGACAUAUUCUGUAGUCAACCAUUUUAAACUUUAAAUUAAGAAAAACUACUUGUGUUACUGAAUGAGUAUAUAUUUCAUUUUUUUCUGAAAGAAUGUAAGUUCUAAUAACUAGUUUUACAUCACGUUUUUCCAUACUUCUGUCAGAUAUUGCAAUUCACAGUAUUCUUUGUAUCACUUUAGGUUUUCAAUUACUGUAUUUACUUUUUGAUGUUCGUGUACAUUUACAUUGCCAUCAUGAGAUGUAGGGAGGGAAUCUGGAGUACUAGUGCUCUGUUUGAUAUUUGCUCCCACAAUAUAACAUCAAUGCCUAACUUUCUUUUUUUCAGAUUUAAAUCUUUAGAGGAAUAAGUUGCAAUUCUGACACAAUUAUCCUCUGAAUAUUAAUAUGCACAAUUAUGAACCUUAAUUUAAAAAAAGGAUUAUUAGAUCUUCCCAGUGCAUUCAUUUGCACAGGGGAAGAUUAUUUUUCGUAUGAAGCUGAUGUUUGGAUGCACUAAGCCUUUAGUUGCUUGUUUUACAUUAAAAUAAGUCUGCACAAAUUGUGGUCUGCUAGUUGCUUGACAAUUUCCUGUUUUUGCAGUCCCAGGCAAACCAGAAAAAGGGGAUUAACCGAGUACCUGAUGGGCUGCAUUUAAGUUAGUGGCCCACAACCUGUGGAGGUCUGCAUUAACUUUUUGAUUAUAGCCUGCUUUUCCUUACAAGUGUAAACCUUUUUGUGAGAUUUCAUGAAAUCACUAGUUCCAUAAUGGUUCAUGGCCUUUAACCUGCUACACUGGACUAUAAAGGCAAAGUGGCAUAAUUUUUUCUAUAACAGCAAUGACUUUCAAGGUCUGUUUCCAUUCCCAGGUAUGCUGUGUCUUAGGUAACAGAGGAAUACUGCUGUACAUGGAAAUUAAUCUGAAAGCCCUCAAAAUGUGUUUCUGGAAUGAGCAAUUAGUGCUGUUAUGUAUCAGAGCUAACUACUGAUCUGGAUAGUGAUUCCAUCAACAGUCAUAAACAUGGGUUCUGUGCCUGUGCAGACAAACUUCAGGUAGAAUUCAUUAGCUCCUCAUAGUUUAAGAUAAAACAUGCAGUAGUCUCAAGGCAUCAGAUAUGUUUUCCUUCAGGAGGCUACAGAAUAAUUAAUAGUGGUGAUAUUUAAAAAAAUAAAAACAUAUUUCACAACCCAACUCCUCAAACAUCUCAGAACAGGGUUAUAGUGUGGACUGAGCAACAAAGGCAUCUCUUGUGAACUCUACCCUCUAAUAGAGGUUCUAAGCUGAUUGUCAACCACUUCAUGUUAUUUAGGAUGUUUAAGUCCAUGUUAUCAAAAUCAGUACUCUUGCUUCUGGCCUGUAGAGAAUGUGUUCUCCAGAAUUUUGAAUGUAUCCUGUUCAAUAAGUGUUACUUUGGAUUAUCAGGGUUUGGAGCACAAGGAAAAAAUAGGCCCCUGCUCUUAUUUCUUUGAAGAGAUAACCUACACAUUUUGUGACAAGCUUUCCCCAUCCCCACUCCGUAGUUCAUCUUAUAAGUAAACAAAUGACUUUUUGUUCUUGUCAAAGGACUUAUGAUUCCUUUGUCAAUGGAAUAUUGGAAAUCUUUUUAUUAAAAAUGUGAAAAUGUAUAUCUGUAUUUUUGAUCAUGUUAUAGAUACAAUAGGUAUUGUUAUAAAUAAAAUAUUUUUGGGAACAAA